GCUUCUGUCGAGCAGGAUGGAACCAAAUGGCAUUGAUGGAGGUGAGAACGGGUCAGAAAAGGAAAGCAAAGCAGCUGUGAAGGCAAUCCAUGAUCGGAUCUUCCAAAACAUGCGGUUGCCGUUUGUGUGGUGUCAGACACAGCUGCUGCGAUGGAGGUCUGUGUGAGCCCCGGCUGUCAAUUUCGGCACCGCCGGACAGCCAAGAAGAUCACCAGAGCCAAGAAGGAUCAUCGCACAGACAUCGCACCCGCCGAAUGGGGAAGGUAACAAUACCGUCGGACAGAACGAAACACGCCAGGUCAGCCAUAUCAGCCAUCGCUGCCUCUAUGCUGGUCGGUAGGUACAACUAUGCCGCACUGCUCAACCCGACGGCAAGGGCAGGAGGCGCUGAGGCGCUGCUGUCGUGCCCGGAAUCUGUGCCUCGUGUCGAUGCCAAGACCACAUCGCCAGCAGGUGAGUGAGUGGUGCGGUGCACACAUACGGUGCGAUGCACGUCACGUGGGCGGUUGGUUGUCUGUGUGUGAAGAGUUCAUAGCGAGCUACGAGAUGCGGUCGCGGCCGUGCAUCAUAGCAAACGCCAUCAACGAGUGGCCUGCCAUGAGGAGAUGGACAUUCGACGUGAGUGCAAGGCAGAUCGGUCGCUGCAGGCACACGUGCAUCUCUGCUGCUUGUGUGGUGGGUGUGUCCACGAUCAGUAUCUCGAGGAAAAGUGGAGGAAUGGCCACUUCAAGGUACUACACACAGAACGAUAACGACGCUCUCUGCCAUCCAUCCAUCCAUCCAUUGCCCUGCUCUCGUUGUUGGCUGUCGCAAUCACCGUGGUUCAGAUCGGCGAAGACGAUAGGGGUGCGUUCAGACCCCUUUAGGAAGACACAAGAGGAUGGAUGCUGCUGUUGUUCAUCCAUCGGUCUGUUGUGUUGUGUGUGGUCAGGUCAUCGCAUUCGCGUGAAGCUCAAGUAUUUCGUUGACUACAUGCGGCACCAGACCGACGACAGCCCUCUCUAUCUCUUUGAGGCGUCAGCUGAGGACUCGCCUGCCACCAUGUCGGCGGAGGGAGAGAGACGGGCAGAGCACCAACGACACUUGCGAUUCGUCAAACAUGCUCUCUCUGGUGCAUCUGGUGCUGCCUGUCUGCCAGGGAUCUGAUAGACGACUGGUGGGCUCCUGCACACUUCCCAGAGGACUUACACAACAUCCUUGGCGACGAUAGACGGCCGCCGUAGGUUUAACAAAGGGGGUUAUGCGGCCCUGUGUGUGUGUGUUUUCAUUGCAAUCCGUCUCAUCUCUUCUGAUGUCUUAUAUGUGCAGGUGGCGGUGGUUCAUGAUCGGUCCCAUCAGGUCAGCAGGCGAGCAAACAAACAGCAAGGGAGAAGGGGCAAUCAAUGGCCGGCGGCUGCACUCACUCCUGUGCACGUCUUGCUUGUUUGUGUCGGCAGGUCUGGCACAACCGUCCACCGAGACCCAUUAGGUCAGUGAGAACCCGUCUUGCAAACAGCAUCACCUCUGCCGCAGCGAAUACAUUGUUUCUGCUGUUGUCUGUCGGUCAGGCACUGGUGGGUCUCUAUCGGUCUAAGGGAAGAGGACGAUGCGUGAUCUGUUGGCUGCUGUGGUGCAGCUGCGUGGAAUGCGGUGAUCCAGGGCGAGAAACGGUGGGCGCUGCUGCCGCCUGAGCUGUCCAAGCGGCUCGUCAAGGCAAAGAUGCUCUUGCGUGACGGAGAAGACGAUGAGGCCAUCGAUUGGUCAGCCAACCAGUCACACAUCCAUCCAGCUGUGCAAUGUCUCUCUGCUGAUGCUGUGUGUAGGUUUCAUAAUCUGCUGCCGCGUCUGAAGGCGUUCCAUCGUGCCGAGACGGGUCAGGAGCUGCCGAUCUAUGAGGGCAUCACGAGGCGCGGGGACGUCAUCUUCGUGCCGCCAAGGUGGUGGCACGCCGUUCUCAACCUGUCCGACACCAUCAGCGUCACACAGGUGGGGCGGACGUCACGACAGCCUUUGCCCUCUUGGCUGGGCUGUGGGGGAGAUCGCUGCUGGAUGCCGUUUAGAAUUUCGUGAGCCCCGCGAAUUUUGCCUUGGCGUGGGAGAGCAUGCGGAGGAGCCGUCGGCUGCUGUCGUGCCGAUGGCUGAGGCGGCUGCAGCGGUUCCACCCCGACCUCUACUCACUGGCAUGCAGGUAGGUAUGUAGGUAUCCACCUCUCUGUUCCUCCGUUGGUUCUGAUGUAUGUGCCUGUCCUCCCGUCUAGAUAUGACCGAGAGAUGGCGAUGGCGCGUCAGGUGCCCGGCUCGUGCAGCAGCAGCUCAUCGUCGAGCAGCUCGGACUCGUCGUCCGACGAAGAUGAGGACAGCACCAUUCGCGAGCAGAUGAGGCGGUCGGAGGCUCGGUACUCGGCUGCCGAGACAGAGGCGAUCAGGGCUGCGUAUGCUCCGGCGAGGCGGGGCAGCGGCCGUGUGGGUGGGACGGACGAUGGUGGGGAUAGUGGUGGUGUGUGUGCUGGUGUGUGAAUAAGAGACUGACUGACUGACUGACUGUGGGCGGUGCAGUGCCCAGUGCGUCAGUCAAUGUUAGCCAGCUUAUCAAUUGCAUGAAGCGACUGAGCUACAUACAGUACAAACCCAUCAAUUCGCUCAUCAGAA